CCCAGUAAAUCAAAACUUUCUCAAAACCUUAAAAAACUCUAACUCUCUUACAAAAAAACAAUAAAACACCAAGAUGCGGAUGCUGAAUCUAAACCAACUGGCUCCUGAUUUUACUACCAAUGCAGUGGUAGCUAGUGGCUUUCGGAAUUUUUCCCUAACCGAUUUGCGUGGCAGAUACGUGCUGCUGGUCUUUUAUCCGGCGGACUUUUCGUACGUUUGCCCCACGGAGUUGCAGGCAUUUAGCGACAGGGCUCCGGAAUUUCGGAACGUGGGCUGUGAGGUCCUGGCCUGUUCGACGGAUAGUCACUUUGUGCACUGCGCCUGGAUGAAUACGCCGCGGAAGAACGGCGGUCUGGGGGAGUUGGACAUUCCGCUGCUGGCGGACAAGAACAUGCAGAUAGCCAGGGACUACGGAGUUCUGGACGAGGCCACAGGACUUGCUCUACGUGCCUUGUUCAUCAUCGAUCGCGAGGGACGCAUAAGGCAGAUCACCGUAAAUGACAUGGGCGUGGGUCGCAGUGUGGAUGAGGCACUGCGUCUGGUUCAGGCCUUCCAGUUUAGCGAUGAGUUCGGAGAGGUCUGCCCGGCCAACUGGCGUCCGGGUUCCAAGACCAUGAAGGCAGAUGCCGCCGGAAAGGAGGAGUACUUCAAGUAUGCAGUGUAAACUAACAGUUAAAGUCUUUACGCGGGUGCAAGCAGCCAAAUAAACUAUAGAUACGACUAUAGCAAA